GCAGGGAGGGACAGGGCUGAGGCGAGGAGAGCGAUGCGACGGACGGGCGCUCCCGCUCAGGCUGACUCUCGGGGGCGAGGGCGAGCCAGGGGCGGCUGCCCCGGGGGCGAGGCGACGCCGUCUCUCCCUCCACCUCUCGGCGGAACCCGAGGACGGGAGCCUCAGAUGAAAGAAACGAUCAUGAACCAGGAGAAACUGGCCAAGCUGCAGGCACAAGUGCGCAUUGGUGGCAAAGGAACUGCUCGCAGAAAGAAGAAGGUGGUCCACAGAACAGCCACAGCAGACGACAAAAAACUGCAGUUCUCCUUAAAGAAGUUAGGGGUGAACAAUAUCUCUGGUAUUGAAGAGGUGAACAUGUUUACAAACCAAGGAACAGUGAUCCAUUUUAACAACCCUAAAGUUCAGGCGUCUCUGGCAGCAAACACCUUCACCAUUACAGGCCACGCUGAGACAAAGCAGCUGACAGAAAUGCUUCCCAGCAUCCUAAACCAGCUUGGAGCAGACAGUCUGACUAGUUUAAGGAGACUGGCUGAAGCUCUGCCCAAACAAUCUGUGGAUGGAAAAGCACCACUUGCUACUGGAGAGGAUGAUGAUGAUGAAGUCCCUGAUCUGGUGGAGAAUUUUGAUGAGGCUUCUAAGAACGAGGCAAACUGAGUUGAGGCAACUUCUGAAGAAGGUGACACUUGCAGAAGUCACAGGAGCUGCUAUUUUAUAUCAUGACUGCUUUUUAAAAUUCUUUUGUUUAUGGAUCUGAUAAAAUCUAGAUCUCUAAUAUUUUUAAGCCCCUGGACACUGCAGCUCUUUUCAGUUUUUGCUUAAACACAAUUCAUUCUUUGCAGCAAAUUAAGCUGAAGAAGCCUGGGAAUAAAGUUUGGAAAGGGGUUAAUAAAAUUCUUUGCCUAGUA